GGAAGUAGAGGGCAGCAGUCUGUAGUUGGCAGUGGUAGAGCCAUGGCGGCUGGUUGGCAGGAGGCUGCGGCCCAGCAGGCCGAGGAGGUGUCUGCCCGUGUUAGGCAGCUGGUCAGCACCGGGCUCGGCCUUCUCCGUACAGAGCUGGGUGUGGACCUUGGCCUGCAGCCACAGCGCUACCCGUCCUGGGUGUUUCUGGCGGUGCCACUGUCCCUGGGCCUGUUAGUCCUGUUUGUGUGUGCUGGGGCGCUCGGGCGCAACUCCGCCGGGAAGAAGCGACUCAGGGAGAAAAGAGAAGAGCCGCUGCAGCUGGACAAUCCAGUCCCCCUACCCAAGAGCCUCAAAGCCGACGAUCCGAAGAAAAAGAACAAGAAGAAACCAACCGAGAAACCAAAGCAGCCUAAUGGAAGACCCGUGGAGCUGGUGGAGGAGGACAUAACAUCCAUAAUUAAAAAGGAGAGCCUAAAACAGUCCUUAGAAGCUGACAAGAAGAACGAAAAGGCAAAAAAGAAUAAAAAAAAGCUUAAGUCUGAUGCAAAGCAAACACAACAGUCGUCAAAUCAAGAUAAAAAAGAAGUUGAAGAAGGGAAUUGGGAAACUAAAGUAAGCCACCGAGAAAAGCGGCAACAACGUAAGCGCGAUAAGGGAACGGACUCUGACAUUGUUGAAACUAUAAAUUCUGUUGUGAAUGAGCAGUUUACAUCUGGAUCUCAUUCUGCAGGCACCAGGAAAUCCAAAGGUACAAGUGACAAUAAUGUGGUUAAUGGAAGUGGGUGGAGGGAGAAGCCAGCAAAGACGCUCUCCUCCCAGCUCGGAGAGGAAAAGUGGGCACUUUCAGCUUCUGCUGGGAAGAAGAAAGCAGAGCCUUGCACUUGGAAUCCGAAUGCGAACGACACUAAUGGGAAAGACUGGGGUGUAUCUUGGAGCGAGCGUCCGAUCUUUCCUAGCAUAUCUGCAUGGUCAAAUGUGGAUGGAAGGAUGACCAAAACCGAACAGAGAAAAACUUCAUUUACUGCCAUGGGACUAAAUAAUUCGGUUCCUGCUUCUGUAAGCGAACCCAUUUCUCAGCCGGCUAUCUCUGAAAGCCAGUGGGAUUCUACUUCUAAUGAACCGUGUAUUGAUGACGAAUGGUCUGGCCUUAAUGGCCUGAAUUCAUCUGACCCAACUUCUGACUGGAAUGCGCCAGCAGAGGAAUGGGGGAACUGGGGUGAAAAAGAGCCUGUGAACGUUCCACAAGCUGAAGAGCCUGAACAACUUACAAAGGUAUUAGAAGAAGAAAAGGAAAAUGAGGAAUCUUCUGCUCAAGGUGCGGCAAGCAGCAAAACCAAGAAGAAGAAGAAGAAAAAGAAGAAGCAAGGAGAGGAAUCUGGUUCUGCACAGGAUACAGAGAAUGCUGAGAGUGAAGCUGUGGGUGAAUUCCAUGAGGAAAAAACACCGGCUCCCCCGCAACCAGCGAAAAUUAGUCCUGCUGUUGUUGUAAAGGCUAGUGAACCUAAGAAACAACCUGAAGAGGAGACUCGUCACCAUAAUGUAUUUACUGAGCCUUCAGUAUCCGUCAAACACAGCAUUUCUGAAAAGAGUCCUUCCCAAGUGCAACAGCAAAAGGAGAAAAGCUCUUCCAAUAGCAAGCAGAAUAGUGUGCCUCCACCCUCACAAGCUAAAUCUGAAGAGAGCUGGGAAUCUCCAAAACAAGUGAAAAAGAAGAAGAAAGCCAGAAGGGAAACGUGAUCGCCCCCUGGUGAACGGAGCACAUGUUCAGACACUAUCUCGGAGAUUAUGCUGUUUAUGCAAUAAUUUGUGAACAUGUACAGAAUUUUUAUAUGUUUGGUCUCUAUUUUUAAAACCAACUGCUGUCAAAUGUGAUCUAUGACAGGAGGAGAAACAAAUUAACUCUGACCUCAGAGGUCAACAUGCAACAGUACUGGAAAUUCAUUGGAAGAUGCGUUUUUUUUUUUUGCUUUUGUUUUUUGCCAACUUGGAACACUCGCAAUUUGAUAGGAGAAAAGUCUGUUUAAUUCCUGAUUUUACAAAGCAGUGACCUGUUUACAUUCAUAUCGUGCCCUAUAUGUUGUCUCUCAAGUGGUGGAAGAUUGAUUUUACCGUUUCAGUACUUUGACACGGACGAGAGAAUUGCGCUCAAGAGGAAUCUUAUUCAAUGGAGUAUGUUUAGAUCGCUUUAUACUGUAUAGCAUUUGUUUUUUUUGUCUCCGUAUAAAUCUAACUUAAUUUUUUAGGCAAGUAUGGAAUGUUUAAUAAUUUGCUUCCUGUUCUAAUGUACUUUUAUCUGGCAACUCCCAGCAUUCCACAGGCAGCUGGAACGACAGGAGUUGCAGUUCUAGAUCUGUUGAAUCCUGCUUUACUGCUUACAUUUUAUCUUUGGUAUGACUGAGCAAAUCGUGUUUUGUAAUGAAAAUGAUGAUGGCCUUUGUAAGCAAUCAUUCUCACUUUUUCUAUGAAAUCCCAUUGGAUACACACACACACUCGCCCUUUUCAUUGUUAAAGGAACAAUAACUCCAACAAAUGAAUGUGUUUUUAAAAGAAUGGCAGUAUAGUGUACAGUUGCCCUACACAGCAGCUUGUUAAUAUAAACUAUAGUAGUGUUUCUGAAGCAAACACUUCAGUUUUA